AUGGAACACGAACUGAUAAAGAAGCAUAAAAAGAAGAAAAAGAAGAACAGAAGUAAUGAAUAUGAUGGGAGUGACAGUACCGAUAUUGAAAGACAUUACAAACUUAAAAAAGGCAAGAAACGAAAGCACCGACACAAAUCUACUGGUCACGAUGGUUCAGAAUUAUUGGAUAAUAAAAGACGUACUCAGGUAGAUACUGAAAGUGAUGAUGACAAAUAUAGUGAUAAAAUGCCACAUACAUCGAAGAAUUUUAGAGAAACACACACACAUAAACAGAGUCGCAACGAAAAAAAAUCUGGCCGAGAUCAACAGAGGAAGGGUAAUCAAAGUGAAUACUAUGUACAUGUAAGGAGAUCAUCUUCUGACUCGGAAGGAUCACGAAUACGCCACAGAAAUGCAACUACAACACAUAGACAUGACUAUGACACUUCCAGGGGUUGUAAACGUAGAAAUCUAUCGCAUUCCUCUUCGGAUUCUGACCAAGAAGGUUCAUCACGACGUCAACAUGGUACUGCUUUUAACAGUGACACUGAAAGUGAUGAUCCCCAGGAACAGUUUGAUUUCAGAAAAUACAGAUAUUCUCUCAAUAAAAUAUUUUUCAAGGAAGACGAUUUUAUUCAAAGAGGAAAAAAAGAGUAUGAUGAUUUUUGGGCCUUCUUUGAGAAAUAUCAAGCUUUUCAACUGAAAAAAGGCCAACAGAAAAAAAAGCAACAGGUGGAUAUUUCAAAGGAGAGCAAGUUUGGAUUGCCCAGAAAUUAUGACAAACAGCACAGGAUAAAUGUUGCACUGACGAGUAAAGUUGUGGAAGAUUUUCUCAAUAAAGGGCGACUAGUUGAUGCAGACACACCAAAAGAGCUGACAGUGGCAAGAGUUCGUGAAUUCAGAAGUAUUCUACUACACUACAUAGACUUUGUACAGAAACAAAAGUUCAACAAACUGAAGAAAAUAAAAAAAGACCAGGAAAAUCUGCCCAUAUUUCAGUACAGACAAAGAAUCCUGGAUACAGUCAACCAACAUCAAGUUGUUGUGGUGGCAGGAGACACUGGAUGUGGCAAGUCAACACAGGUGCCUCAGUACCUAAUGGCUGCAGGCUUCACCAACAUAGCAUGUACACAGCCACGGAGGAUAGCUUGUAUCUCUCUCUCCAAACGUGUGGGCUAUGAAACCCUCAAUGAGUAUGGCUCUGAAGUGGCUUACCAGGUCCGCUUUGAAAAGACAAAGACAAGGUUCACAAGGAUUCUGUUCCUUACUGAAGGCCUGUUGCUGAGACAGAUGACGUCUGAUCCCCACCUGAAGCAAUACAGUGUGAUUGUGAUUGAUGAGGUUCAUGAGCGCCACAUACACACUGACUUCCUGCUGGGCAUUCUCAAAUGUUUGCUGCGUCAUCGUGAAGACAUCAAACUUAUCCUGAUGUCAGCCACGAUCAACAUUCACCUUUUUAGUGAAUACUUUGAAGAUGCUCCAGUGGUUAAGGUCCCAGGGAGACUGUAUCCUAUCCAGCUGGAAUACUGCCCCAUCAGGAGAGAUGAGAUGAACUCUCGUGCAGAGAGACUCGAUCCCAGUCCUUACCUACGCAUAAUGCAAAAGAUUGACCAUAAGUACCCAGAGAAUGAGCGUGGUGAUCUGCUAAUUUUCCUGAGUGGUAUGACUGAAAUUAUGACGGUGGCUGAAGCUGCUAGAAUCUAUGCUGAGAAUACCAAGAAAUGGAUCAUACUGCCCCUUCAUAGUGCCUUGUCAAUAUCAGAACAGGACAAAGUAUUUGAUAUUGCUCCGGAUGGUGUGAGGAAGUGUAUUAUAUCUACCAACAUAGCUGAGACCUCGGUUACCAUUGAUGGCGUCCGAUUCAUUGCUGACUCAGGAAAGGUGAAGGAAAUGAACUUUGACCCCAAAUACAAGAUGCAGAAGUUACAAGAGUUUUGGAUUAGCAGAGCCAGUGCAGAACAAAGAAAGGGUCGAGCAGGUAGAACUGGUCCUGGCGUUUGUUUCCGUCUGUAUGAAGACAAGGAUUAUGAUGAGUUCCAAGAGUUUGCGACCCCAGAGAUACAGAGAGUUCCCCUGGACUCCCUAGUACUACAGAUGAUCUCUAUGGGACUACCUGAUGCCAGGAAGUUUCCUUUCUUGGAAGCUCCAGAGAUGAGUAGUAUUGAGAAUGCUAUCAUUUUCUUGAAGGAGCAGGGUGCUCUAAGAGAAGAUGAAACUCUCACACCGAUUGGUCAGAUGCUGUCACGGUUACCUGUUGAUGUUGUGAUUGGUAAAAUGCUCAUCAUGGGAUCUAUAUUUCAUAUCACUGACCCAGUACUGUCAAUAGCUGCAGCCAUGAGUGUGCAGUCUCCAUUUACUAGUAAAGCUCACACUGACCAUGAUGCAAUAUCAGCACGGAAACCUCUAGAGUCGGAGCAUGGUGACCCUUUUACUCUACUGAAUGCUUUUGAUGAAUGGAUACAGGUGAAAGCUGAGGGUCGAGGUACCAGGAAGUGGUGUAGGAGGAGAGCCCUGGAAGAACAGAGGUUUUAUGAGAUGACCAAGCUUAAAGACCAGUUCAAACAGCUACUUCAGGAUCACAACUUGUUAGACAACACACCUGUAGGUGAACGUUUCUUUACCAGUGAUGAGAGGCGUAGACAACAUGCUGACAGGAAGCGAUUAGGUCAACUAAAACGAGAAAAAGCCAAUGAGUCAAAGAGGAGGAAAGUGUUGAAGCUUGAAGAUGGGGAUUACACUAUCAGUGAUGGAGAGGAGGAUGACAAGGGCGAGGAUAUCAAAGAUCUUGAGUUUCGUCUGUCACAUGACAUAGACAAGCUGCAUGAAACCUCCAACAAGAAUCGUAACUUUAAUCGUCGAGAUGUGAAUCUUCUGAAGAUUAUCCUCUGUAGUGGUUUGUAUCCACAAGUGGCUAUAUCUGAUGACUGUAACAGCUACAAGUCUGACUCAGAGCAGUCCUUCCACACCAAGAGUAAGCCAUUCCUCCUGCUCCAUCCAACAAGUGUAUUUGCCUGCCAUCCAGAUCUGCUACAGAUGGAGCAGCCUAAAAACCUGGACACGAAUACACCCAAGGACCUUCAAGGCAAACUCAACCACAAACACCAGCUCCUUACAUUUGUAUCUUUACUUGAGACCACAAAACCUUACCUGAUGAACACAAUGAGGGUGCCUGCUCUACAAACCACCACACUCUUCUCUAACUUCAUAGACACUAACUCAGACUGUACCAGACUUGUGUGCGAUAGUUGGUUGGAGAUCCGUUUCUCUGACGAGGAAUCUGCCCAGCACAUCAUGUCUAGUGUGAUACAGCUACGGGCCACAUGGCAGAACCUGCUCACCCUCAGACUCCAGGAUACCUUUAAAAGCUUGGACUCUGAAAAAAGGAUCAACCCAAGAGCAAGAAAACUGGAAAAACUCCUAGCUAGAAAGUUGACAGAAUAUUUGGACAGUGAAGUUCCUUAUGCUGUGCGGCGCAUAUUGUCUGCAGAGCUGAAGAACAUGUACAAAGGUCCAGGACAGGAGCCCAACAGUAAACAGGAUAGUGCUGUAGUAACAGGGUUGAUGGGUGGUAACCAUGGUGACAAGGAACAUCCAAUUAAGGGUGGAACUCAGAUCAAUGAAUAUAUCACAUAUGACUGUUUAUUAGACGAGGGUUCAGCCACCGUAUGGGGGGAGUAUACCAGCCACAUGGUGAAGCACUGGAUAUGUCCACGCUGUAACGCCAAUCUACUUGUCAACGUUUUGGAGAGGCUCCGACAUGAAGCAGAGUGUCACAGUCAGAAUAUAGAAGCAACAAAAGACGAGGAAGAAAAAGACAGAAAGGAGGAGAACGAGAACCAGUUGAACACCCUGAGGAAGUUGUACCACUGUACCAUCUGUGAGAAGGAUUAUAAUUUUACCACCACAGAAAUUCUCAAACACAAACGCUCUCAUAUAAACAGCUGACAUGAGCACAUUGUUAUCUAAACGCAAUAGAGUUUAUCAUUACAAGCAGAUUGUGAAACACGCAUGUUUCUGAUUGAAUCAAAUCUUUGAAGUUAAUUGUAUUGUGUAGCUGAAAU